CGCACAGUUACUCAGGCUGUAUGUGUUUUGUUCGUCCCGACUUUAGUCUAGAUAAGUACACAGGUACACAUGAACUACUCUGAAUUUUGUAAAUAGGAUAAAUUUAUCACCAUGGAAACAAGUGUAUCGUUACCUCUAGAGCAGGAUUUACUAGAUGAUGUGGUUGCCAAAGAUAAGGACUAUGCAUUCUUACAUGGUAUUAUUAUGAGAACAAGACAGGAUCCCAACUCAUCCGAAGUUAUAUGCUAUGCGCCCCAUGUGUUACUUCCGUCUCCCGUACCAAAGCGUUUAUUUCAACAAGCUGUUGAUGUACAGAAAGAUUUUAAUUUGUUGCUCCAUGGAGUCACUCAUGACAGCGAUUUUAUUACUUCAUCAUUGAAAAGUGCAAUCCAAGUUGAUGAAUUUACCCGAAAGUUGUAUGAAAUCUAUGAAGAAGUUUAUGUCAAUGGAACGCCAGCUCAGCCGAUACAGUUAGCCCUCUUGAGGGCAGACUACAUGUUUGAUGCAGCCAGGGGAAAGGAGACACCCGCUGACGAAAUGAAGUUAAGACAAAUAGAAAUUAACACCAUUGCAAGUAGCUUCGCUGGACUAGGAUCGCAAGUAUCAGAUCUCCACAGGUACAACUUAAGAAAUCUUUGUGAAUCAAAAAAAGCUGCCAGUUUGUCAGAGAAUCGUGCAUUGUCUGGUUUGGCACAAGGUUUGGUUGAGGCUUGGAAACUUUAUAAAUGUGAUAGAGCUGCAAUUUUAUUUCUUAUUGAAGAUGUGUCACAAAACAUCUUUGAUCAAAGAUGGCUGGAAUAUGAAAUCCACAAAAUUAAUCCAACUAUCCACACAAUGAGAAGAAAAUUCUCUGAUGUCAUAAACAGAGCUAAAACUGAGGGUGACAAGUUAGUUAUAGAUGGAUAUGAAAUUGCAAUAGUUUACUUCAGGUAUGGUUACAUGCCAAACCAGUAUGUUUCUGAGAAGGAAUGGGAAGCACGUCUCAUGGUUGAAAAAUCUCGGGCAAUAAAAUGUCCAUCAAUCAGUUAUCACUUAGCAGGUACUAAAAAAGUACAACAAGAAUUAUCCAGAGUUGGCGCUGUAGAAAGAUUCCAGAAAUAUUUCUCAGAUGGAGAAGCUGCUGUGAAGAGAAUUCGAGAAACGUUUGCAGGACUUUAUACCCUUGAUAUGGGCAGUGAAGGCGAUGCAACUGUCAAGAUGGCUUUAACAGAUCCAGACAAAUAUGUUUUAAAGCCACAGAGAGAAGGAGGAGGCAACAACAUAUUUGGGAAAGAUAUUACUUCUACCCUGAAAGACAUUGGUGAAGAUGAACGUAGAGCAGAGUAUAUCCUAAUGGAUCGUAUACAACCAGCUAUCGUAUCUAAUUAUCAAAUACGUUGCUGGACAACUACAGAACUCAUUGAUAUGGUCAGUGAGUUAGGAAUAUUUGGAGCUAUUAUCUGCCUACUACGAACCAAAAACACUGGAUUUGAUGAUGGCGGUGUUGCUGCUGGAGCAGCUGUCCUGGACAGUCCAUAUUUGGUCUAAUGGUAUUCCUGUGGAUUGAUGCUUGGAAAGCUGGCUUUCAGAGAUACUAUUGAAAGGGCAUUGUCUGCAAAUUUUGACAAUUUUUAUAGACUUGUAUACUUUGUUUCAGAUAUUAACAUCAUUGAUAAAUUUGGGAUUUUUUUGCAAUGAAACAUUGUAUAGCAUAAUCAAUUAAUAUAUUGUAUCCUAAAUUAUUAUUGGAUAUCUUGAAGGUGAAAAUAUCUUGCUUCAAUUUAAUGAAAAAUUUGAAGACGUGUGAUACACACGUUAUUACAUCACUUUCUAAUUAUAGGCAUUAGAAGUUGAUGCAAACACAACAAACAAUGCAACAUCACAGGCAUGUAUGCUUGCC